CCCUGGUAGUGGGCAACAAAAAUAUUUCCCGCCAAUAUUGCGAACGAAUGCACCAGGAAAGAAAUUGCCUAUAAGAGGAGGUGGUCGGAACGUUUAAUUCUUCAAUAAGUUUUCUGACGCUGAACGAGUCGUGAGUCGUGUUGUGCUGUUCCUGAAAGAACGUUUUGCAAAGUUGCGAACGAUUUAAUUUGUGCUAUACAAUUAUAUUUCCGUUGACCGUAUUUAAUACAUAUUAAGAACAAAGACUAAAAUGGCAUUUGCUGGCAAAGAAAACAUUGCUGAGAACUUGGAGAAAUUUUCGCUGAAGAGUCCGAGAAAAAUUUUGACAGACGUGAAUAACAUGCGCAAAAUGUCGAUUCCCAACGAGGACUUGGCGAAAAUGCAAGAUACUGCAUCGGAGCAAUUGACAACGCUAGCCAGCAAGCCUGCAACCCCAUUUGAUCCAACAAUUGAACCUUUGCUGAAGGAGAACCCACGUCGUUUCGUUAUUAUGCCAAUCGAAUAUCCAGAUAUCUGGCAGAUGUACAAGAAGGCAGAAGCAUCCUUCUGGACGGUGGAAGAGGUUGACCUUUCCAAAGAUAUGGAUGAUUGGGCGCGUCUCACCGACAAUGAACGCCAUUUCAUUUCGCACGUUUUGGCAUUCUUUGCCGCCUCCGAUGGUAUUGUGAAUGAAAACUUAGUUGAACGCUUCAGCCAAGAAGUUCAAAUCACAGAGGCGCGUUGCUUCUAUGGAUUUCAAAUCGCCAUGGAGAAUGUGCAUUCUGAAAUGUACAGCAUAUUAAUUGAUACAUAUAUUAAGGAUGGCAAGCAAAGGGAUUACUUGUUCAAUGCUAUUGAGACGAUGCCUGCUGUUAAGCGCAAGGCUGAUUGGGCACUGGCGUGGAUUUCAUCGAAAUCGGCCAACUUUGGCGAACGUAUAAUAGCAUUUGCCGCGGUUGAAGGCAUUUUCUUUAGUGGCAGUUUUGCUUCAAUCUUUUGGCUGAAGAAACGGGGCCUAAUGCCUGGUUUGACAUUCUCUAAUGAGCUAAUUUCAAGGGACGAAGGAUUACAUUGCGAUUUUGCUUGCCUGAUGUUCCAACACCUCAUUCAGAAGCCAAGUAGGGACCGUAUUAUUGAAAUCAUUGCUGAAGCUGUUAAAAUUGAACAAGAAUUCUUAACUGAUGCCUUACCUGUGAAUUUGAUUGGCAUGAAUUGCCAACUAAUGUCUGAUUAUAUUGAAUUUGUGGCAGAUCGCUUGCUGGUCGAGCUGGGAGUGGGCAAGAUUUACAAUACACAAAACCCCUUCAGUUUUAUGGAACUUAUCUCAUUAGAUGGCAAAACGAAUUUCUUCGAAAAGAAAGUGGGAGAAUACCAGAAAUGGGGAGUUACCUCGAAUCGCAUGGAUCAUGUCUUCACGCUAGACGCUGACUUCUAAAUAUGACUUGUACCUACCAUUUGUAGAUAUACCUUUAUAAAUAUAUUUAGAUAAUAUUUUAGUAUUAAGAUUCUAGUUUAUACAAAAAAGCGGCAAUUUGCCAACAAUUCUUUACAUACUUUACUUACCUGACAAAUGCAAAUUUACUACGUUUUCCUAGUUGUAUUUGUAUUCUAUGUAUGUAGUAUAUUAUCGACACCUUCACAAUGCUUCAUUUUUAAAUAUGCAACUAAAUAUACGUCAUAUAUUCAUUAUCCGUUAAAGAAAAAAAAAACAUUGUGGACUAAACUAAAUUGUAGUUAAAUUUUGAAUAUUGAACGCAAUAAAGCGAAAAGAAAAAUGUGAUUAAUUUGUGUUAAAUUUACAUAAGAGUAUAAGGAAACUUGAAAGUUUUGUCACGAAGAUCGGUAAGUGCAGCCAGUCGGCGUUCGAUUAGCAUGAGUUGCUUCCCAGAAGAUA